CAGGGAGGGAGGGAGGGAGAGAGAGAGAGAGAGAGAGAGAUGGAGCUUUGUGGACAUGGAUAUCUGGAAGACUUGUUCUUGGCUCAUCAAGAGAGAAACCCUCCUUGGGAAGCUAACGUUGCGCCCAUGGAAUUGAACGAGCUCUUCUCAAGCGAUUGGAAUUAUGAUUUCUUUGAUGACUAUCGAAUUCCAUCUCCCUCCUCGCAUUUUCCAAAUUAUUGUUCCUCGCAAGAAUCAUUGCUCUCUCCUCCUACACACCAUCCAGACCAGAACAUCUUCUCCGAGCUUCCUCAAUAUCCACUUAGCAUUGAGUCCUUGGCUCACCAGCUCCUUGAUUCGCCGAUCUCGCCCCCGCGGAUCGCCAGUUCGUCCUAUAGCCCGUGCGACGACGCCCCACUUUUCCCAGUUCAAGAAAGAACACUUCCCUUGUCUGUGAUGACGGAGGAAGGAGAGGCCACGUUUCUUCAUGCAGAUGGUUUUAAGCAGACCAUUGGGAUGCAGGGAGAUUGUAAACCAGAAUCGAUGGAGUCUCCGAAUAAUCAGGUUCCAGUAUUUUCCGCAGCAGGGCCUAGUGUAGGGGCGAAGAACAAUCGGGCUAGAAAGAAGUCGGGGGGACAGCCCUCGAAGAACUUAAUGGCUGAGAGGAGGCGAAGGAAGCGGCUCAACGAUCGGCUCUCGAUGCUCAGAUCCAUUGUCCCAAAAAUCAGCAAGAUGGACAGAACUUCAAUCCUAUGUGACACAAUUGACUACAUGAAAGAGCUGCUCCAGAAGAUCAACCACUUGCAACAUGACAGCCAAUUCGGUCCCUAUCACUUGAACAUAAUGGACAUUAUAGAAGACAUGAAACCCAAUGAGAUGUUGGUGAGAAAUACACCAAAGUUCAACGUGGAGCGAAGAGACGUGGAGACAAGGAUCGAGAUCUGCUGUGCCACGAAACCGGGUUUGUUGCUGUCAAUGGUGAGCAAAUUGGAUGCAUUGGGCCUUGACAUGCAGGAGUGUGUCAUUAGCUGCUUCAAUGACUUUGCGAUGCAAGCUUCUUGCUCAGAGGAAAUGCAGCAAAGAAAUCUCACCAGUACUGGGGAUAUAAAGCAAGCGCUGUUCAGAAAUGCCGGAUACGGAGGAAGAUGCUUGUAAAGAUUUGAAGAGAAUUAGAAAGAUUCUGAUUUUCUAGGCCUUAGAUUGAGUUCUGCAAAUGGAAGGCUUUUAG